GGACGCGCAGGGUGAGUCGGUGGCAUGGAAGUGGAGGGCGGUGCCACGCUGGGCAGAGGUCCUGGGGAGCCGGGUGCAGGCUGGCCUGGAGGUGUGGACCGGGGCCUGGCGGGCGGACCAGGGUCCUGCAGGGCGCGGCCGGGGUAGCGCAGCCGGUACAGCUCCGAGGGGGCUUGCGCGCGCAGCGGCCAUGAUGGCGCUCCUCCCCCUCCCGCGCGCGCCUCCGCCGCUCGGGGCGCGGCCCCGCGGCCUGCGCGCUCUUGGGCGGGGGAUGUUGUGAUGGAGAAGCCGCGGCGGAGCUGGAGCCCUGCAGCCUGAGCCACCUUCGUCACCUGGGCCUGGGGCCUCGCCGCGCAGGAUCUACUAGGGCCAUGUCUGUUCCAUCAUCACUGAGCCAGUCGGCCAUUAAUGCCAACAGCCACGGAGGCCCUGCACUCAGCCUGCCCCUGCCCCUGCAUGCUGCCCACAACCAGCUGCUCAACGCCAAACUGCAGGCAACGGCUGUGGGACCCAAGGACCUGCGUAGUGCCAUGGGGGAAGGUGGUGGGCCUGAGCCAGGCCCUGCCAAUGCCAAGUGGCUAAAGGAAGGCCAGAACCAGCUUCGAAGAGCUGCCACAGCCCACCGUGACCAGAACCGCAAUGUGACCUUGACCUUGGCAGAAGAGGCCAGCCAGGAGGCUGAAACAGCACCUUUGGGUCCCAAAGGCUUGAUGCACCUAUACUCUGAGCUAGAGCUCUCAGCCCACAAUGCAGCCAACCGAGGGCUUCGUGGACCUGGGUUGAUCAUCAGCACCCAAGAGCAGGGACCAGAUGAGGGAGAGGAGAAGGCAGCAGGGGAAGCUGAGGAGGAUGAUGAAGACGAGGAAGAAGAAGAAGAGGAGGAGGACUUGUCUUCUCCUCCAGGGCUGCCCGAGCCCCUGGAGAGCGUGGAAGUCCCCCCUGGACCCCAAGCCCUUACAGAUGGCCCCCGGGAACACAGCAAGAGUGCCAGCCUCCUCUUUGGCAUGAGGAAUAGUGCAGCCAGCGACGAGGACUCGAGCUGGGCUACCUUAUCCCAGGGCAGCCCCUCCUAUGGCUCCCCGGAGGACACAGAUUCCUUCUGGAACCCCAACGCCUUCGAGACGGAUUCCGACCUGCCGGCUGGAUGGAUGAGGGUCCAGGACACCUCAGGGACCUACUACUGGCAUAUCCCAACAGGGACCACCCAGUGGGAGCCUCCAGGUCGAGCCUCCCCCUCUCAGGGGAGCAGCCCCCAAGAGGAGUCCCAGCUCACCUGGACUGGCUUUGCCCACCAAGAAGGCUUUGAGGAAGGAGAGUUUUGGAAGGAUGAACCUAAUGAGGAGGCCCCAAUGGAGCUAGGACUGAAGGACCCAGAGGAGGGGACAUUGCCCUUCCCAGCUCAGAGCCUCAGCCCAGAGCCAUUACCCCAGGAGGAGGAGAAGCUGCCCCCACGGAAUGCCAAACCAGGGAUCAAGUGUUUCGCCGUGCGCUCUCUAGGCUGGGUGGAGAUGACUGAGGAGGAGUUGGCCCCGGGACGAAGCAGUGUGGCAGUCAACAAUUGUAUCCGUCAGCUCUCCUACCACAAAAACAAUCUGCAUGACCCCAUGUCUGGGGGUUGGGGGGAGGGAAAGGAUCUGUUGCUGCAGCUGGAGGAUGAGACGCUGAAGCUGGUGGAGCCACAGAACCAGGCGCUGCUGCACAGCCAGCCCAUCGUCAGCAUUCGUGUAUGGGGCGUCGGGCGGGACAGUGGAAGAGAGAGGGACUUUGCCUAUGUAGCUCGAGAUAAGCUGACCCAGAUGCUCAAGUGCCACGUGUUUCGCUGUGAGGCACCUGCCAAGAACAUCGCCACCAGCCUGCAUGAGAUCUGCUCUAAGAUCAUGGCUGAACGGCGCAAUGCUCGCUGCUUGGUAAAUGGAUUGUCCUUGGACCAUUCUAAACUUGUGGAUGUCCCUUUUCAAGUGGAAUUCCCAGCGCCUAAGAAUGAGUUGGUGCAGAAGUUCCAAGUCUAUUACCUGGGGAAUGUGCCUGUUGCUAAACCUGUUGGGGUAGACGUGAUUAAUGGGGCCCUUGAGUCAGUCCUGUCCUCUGGAAGCCGUGAGCAGUGGACCCCAAGUCAUGUCAGCGUGGCCCCUGCUACCCUCACCAUUUUGCACCAGCAGACAGAGGCAGUGCUGGGGGAGUGUCGGGUGCGCUUCCUUUCCUUCCUGGCUGUGGGCAGAGAUGUCCACACAUUCGCAUUCAUCAUGGCUGCCGGCCCAGCCUCCUUCUGCUGCCACAUGUUCUGGUGCGAGCCCAAUGCUGCAAGCCUCUCGGAGGCCGUGCAGGCUGCGUGCAUGCUCCGAUACCAGAAGUGUCUGGAUGCCCGCUCCCAGACCUCCACCUCCUGCCUCCCAGCACCGCCUGCGGAGUCCGUUGCCAGGCGUGUAGGGUGGACUGUCCGAAGGGGUGUUCAGUCCCUGUGGGGCUCCCUCAAGCCCAAACGUCUAGGGGCCCAGACCCCAUGAAGAACCCUCUCCUUCCUCCACAUGCUUGUGUUGGGCCCCAGGGAACUCUAGGGUUUGGGGCAGGUCAGGGCUCUGGAUGCUAUUCCCAGGACUCAGGUCCCCCAGGCUGCCCCUUCUCAGUAGCUGGGGUUCCCUGCCUAGGGGCUGGGAGUGAGAGAUGUAAUCCCUUCAUGGAAGUGAUAACACUGGACUGAAGACAUGAGGAGUUGGAAGCAAGGCCAGCCCCUGGCUCUCCAUUCCCAUUGCCCACUGUUUGAGGUAGAGCAGGAGGAACUGGUCCAAGCCAGGCCCCACCCAGGGGUAGAAAGAGGGGACUGGUCUAGGCAUGGGUCCCCUCUCCCCUGCUCUGUGGGCACCUCUGCUGUACUGAUAUCACUAAUAAAGUCUGUCUGCGCUACUG